GUUUUAAAAAGUCAGCCAUAUUGAAACUGUGUCAAUUUCGUGAAUCAACAUUAAUUAAAGUAUUUUAAAGGUUACUGUCCUAUUUAUCAAGCAAUGACUACAAUUAGGGAUCUUCCGGACGAGAUAUUGAUCGAAAUAUUCUCAUUAUUAAGUCCAAAGAUGCUUCAAAAUUGUAAUUUGGUCUGCAAAUACUGGGAUGAUUUAAUUAGCAAUUCUUUAGUCUUAAUGGAUCAAUAUGAAGUACGAUUGAGGGAUUAUGAUUCAGAAGAAAAGGAAGUCACUCGAAGAAUCGAUACUGUUUUUAUAAACGACCUGAGUAUGAUGGAAUCGAUACAUUAUUAUGAAUAACCUUGAUAAUCGAUGUGCAAGUUGCUAAUUCAACCGAUCUGGAUAAUUUUGUUCAAGCUAUCAAUAGUCUUGAGACGCUCAGGCAUUUAGCUGUUUUCUUCCUGGUUGAUAUCUUGCCAAAACACUUCAAGUCUAUCCACAACAAACUUGAAAUAUUGCAUACCACAUCCUUAAUGGUCAAUCUCUUCAGCUGCGACACUUUAGAAGUUCUUGAAUUGUUGUGGGAUUCAAAUUUGCAAUUUGAUAGGAAAGCUGAAGCACUUGAAUUUCUCAAUAAGCAAGAGAAUCUUUUGGAACUAAAAUUGGGUGAUACUGAAAGUGAAUUUAUUGAUGAUGAUUACUAUGAUUAUACUGAUUUUAUGGAUGAUGAUGAUUAUGGCCAUGACUUCUUCAGUACACCAAAUUUGGAGGAAUUUAAACCAAUAUUCAGCUUGGAAAAAUUCAGCUUUACAUGCACAUCUUUAAAAUUUGAACGGCAUGCUGAAUUGAUAUUAUUCCUUAACUCACAAAAGAACACCUUACAGUCGCUGUCAUUGUCUCUUCAUGCUGCAACUAUUGAAACAAUCGAGAAAAUCCAAAAGUUUGUUCUCGAAAAGCUUUUAAAGGUGACUAAAUUGGGAUUCUUUAUAAAUGUUCAAGAUGAUUUUCGAUCUGAUAGUGAGCCUAUGAAUAAUGAUGAGCCCAAUCAUGCUACAGCUGUAACAAAUAAUAUAAAUGAAUUCAGAUUUAGAGGAUUGCAUCGAUCCUUGGAUGAGAAUAAGAGAUUCAUCGACAAAUUUGAGAAUUUAAAGCAUUUAUAUCUACGUGCUGUCUAUAGAGAUGAUUUUAAGCUUCUCGAUUACAUUAGCAUUACAAAACUUAAUUUGGUUUCAUUGAAGCUUGAUCGAUUUGAUGCUUCUUUUGAAGGUAUGCCGAGAGUCUACUUUCCAAAGCUCAAGACGCUCUUUAUUGGAUAUUUUGAACAUAAUGUUCGUAAUUGGACACAGAGAAAAGAGAGGAUUUUCAAUUUAUUCAUACAAAAGCAUGAUAAUACAUUGGAAGAGAUAAGUAUCAAAUUCAACUCAGUCUCUAAACUUACCAUCGAGGCAAUAAUAGGAUGUCGAAGAUUAAAGUGCUUAGAAUUUCACUGCGAUGAAUUUGUUGAAACUAAAAGCUUGCAGUUAUUUAUGAAGGUUCUAGAGGAUGUGCCAUGUAAACUACCCAAAUUGACUUUAAAGUUACCAGGACACUCGUUUGUGUUUCCUGAUGAUGAAAGAUUCUGGGACAAGUUGUAUCCAAAGCCUCCGGUUCCAGUGCUAGUCAAAAACUUCUUUAAAUUCAUGCUGCAUGUCGUUUUAUUUGUGAUGUUUUUUAGAUUCAUACUCAAACCAAUUUCACUUUUUCUAUAUGAAUUUAUACUAGCUAGAAUUUAAGCAGUCAAUACUACUAUUUUUGAUCCUGUAAUUUCAUUCCAAUCUAUUGUUUCGAUUUACAGCUACUAG